CGCAGUCAGUGUAUUCUUGUAGCUGACUUGUGAAUGUGGCGAGCCAGGGAGGGGUGAACCGGUGUUUGGAUUUUUAUAUUCAAGUAACGAUAGCUAGUUUACAGUCAUAGCUUGUGAUAUAUAUUUAGAAACAACAACGGAAUCACCAAUUUUGUUUGGAUUAUUAUUGUCUGCACCCGAAGAGAAUAUGAAAAAUAACAUGGGGCGUUAGGGGAUGUUGAAAUGAUUAUCUGCGAGGAUAUAUAGCUCAAGCUAUUUUUAUGUUUUUCGUUUUCCCCACUUUGGAUUUAUUUUACACACCGUGGGAAAACCGGACAAGCCGCCGGACAGCGGGCCGAGAGGAUGGACCAGGCGAAUAUCCUGAGAAAGUUCAUCCAAGGGGUUUGUGUUAUGCGAGAAGGGGACCAGAAAGGAGAGGAUAACUUCGGCAGUGACUUUAUGAGAUUACGAAGAUUAUCGACCAAAUACAGGACAGAGAAGAUCUACCCAACCAACGUCGGGGAGCAGGAAGGGAAUGUGAAGAAGAACCGCUAUAAAGACAUACUGCCCUUUGACCACACGAGGGUAAAGCUGACUUUAAAAACAACCAAUCAGGAUGCAGAUUACAUCAAUGCCAGCUUCAUCAAGGGAAUGGAUGGUCCAGAGGCCUACAUCGCUACCCAGGGUCCUCUAACCAACACUGUCAUCGACUUCUGGAGAAUGAACUGGGAGUACAGUGUAGCUGUCAUCGUAAUGGCAUGUCGAGAAUUCGAGAUGGGAAGGAAAAAGUGUGAGCGGUACUUUCCCCAGUUUGGUGAUGAGCCCAUGUCUUUUGGCCCGUUCAGAAUCUCCUGUGAAUCAGAACAGCCCAGAACGGACUAUUUCAUCAGGACCCUGACAGUGGAGCAUGAGAAUGAGACACGUAGGAUAACCCAGUUCCAUUACAUCAACUGGCCAGACCAUGACGUCCCCUCGUCCUUUGACUCCAUCUUGGAUAUGAUUGGUCUGAUGAGAGAGUACCAGGAGCAUGAUGAUGUACCCAUCUGUAUACACUGCAGUGCUGGCUGUGGGAGGACAGGCGCCAUCUGUGCUAUCGACUACACAUGGAACCUACUAAAGGCUGGGAAGAUUCCAGAAGACUUCAACGUGUUCCGGCUGAUUCAGGAGAUGAGAACACAGAGGCAUUCUGCUGUUCAGACCAAGGAACAGUAUGAGUUGGUUCACAGAGCCAUCUCUCAGCUCUUUGAGAAACAGCUGCAGCUCCUGGAGAGCCCCACCAACUCAGAGAUCCAUGGUGGCAUGGACGAUGGGCUCAGCCCAGAGAAAGCUGGACACCAGUCAGACGAGGAGCGAUGGGACACACCGCCCCCCAAACCACCCCGCGUACGCAGCAGUCAGUUGGAAGGGGAUGUGAAAGAGGAGAUCCUUCAGCCCCCAGAGCCUCGCCCGGUUCCUCCCAUCCUGACCCCGUCUCCCCCCUCUGCCUUCCCCACCGUCACCAACGUACGUCAGGACAACGACCGCUACCACCCCAAGCCGGUCAUCCACGUCCUGGCCUCUGCACAACAACAACAACAAGCCCAACUGUCCCCCGACCUGAAGGACAACUAUAACAAGACAUCGUUAGACAGUGUCCCCUCAGGAGGCCCCCCUGCCCAGGCCCCCUCUCCCUCCUCCCCCUCCCCAGUUGAUGGGGCAGUGCGUCUAGAGAGGAAGCUGAGUAUUGAGAUACAGAAGGUUCCGUUACAGGAGGGUCCUAAGAGCUUCGAUGGUAACAGCAGGCUGCAAAGAUCCCUUGCCUUCAAGGCCCGCUCCAACACCUCCAGUUCCUCUCUUUCUGAGGACUCAGGGGCCGACGGGGGGGCCCCCAACAUGACGCACCAGGGCGCCUUCGGACCCCUCCCCUCCCGCCCCAACCACCUGCCCCUUAAGGGGGAGAAGGCAUGUCAGGCAGGCUGGAUCAGCCCAGAGAAAGCCCCCACACCUCCAGCCCUGGUGGCUGGGUCAGAGAGCACCCCCACCUCCAAUCUGACCUCUUCCCAGCCCCUCUCCUCCACCUCCACCCCUGUCAGGACUGCUCUGAGCUUCACCAAUCCUCUGCACUCAGACUUCCCUGAUGUGAAGGGAGAUGGAGGAGGGGAGGGUUCCAGACCCUCCUGGUCCUCCAAGGCUACGGCCACGGUUACGGCGGCCCACGGCGAACACCCGCCCAGGAAGGUGUCGACCAUGUCCAUCGCCGAGCAACGGUCGCCGACGGAAACGGCAUCAAACAGUGACCAGAGUGAAGAUUCCCCUCCCCCUCUACCUGAGAGAACCCCAGAGUCCUUCAUUUUGGCCACAGACCCAUCAGAGUUGAAGGCACCAGGACCAUCAGACUGGAGUAUCUCGGAGGACCAGUCAGGAAAAGGAGCAGGUUUUCCUCAGGAGCAGAGGAGUACACAGGCACAGAUAGCAGAGAGAGAACCGUCAGGAGAGAGGAGUAAGAAGAUUUCAGAUGCAGCAGGACUGGAAACAUCACCUACCAACACCACAGUAGUAGACAGCACAGCAGAGAGCAAGGCUUCCUCAGAGAUGGGUGAGUGAGAGGACGAGGACGAGGGAA